CUGUAUUUGAAAUUCGAAUUGCCUUUUAUAGGCGAUUACAAAUGGUAACUGUCGAACAUAAUAAUGACUAAAUUAAUUACAACAUUAAUACGGAAUUAAACACAUAAUUAAGUCGCGCAUUGAUUGUUGGCCGUUACUCUUCCUGACUGGCUGGCAGGUCGACCUGGCUAGCAGGCUGAACGCUUGAGCUCCUCGGGUGGCAGGCUUCCCGUUGGGCCGGUAGGCAGGCUUUCUGCUGGGCUGGAAGGCAGGCUGCUGAGUGGGCCGGUAGGCAGGCUCCCUGCUAGGCUAGAGGCAGGCGCCUGGCCAGACUGUAAGGCAGGCCGGGCUGGACGGCAGGCUCCUGACUGGGCUGGUAGGCAGACUCCCUGCUGGGCUGGACGGUAGGCUGCUGACUGGGCUGGUAGGCAGGCUCCCUGUUGGGCUGGACGGCAGGCCGCCCUGGGCUUUUACUCUUCGAUGGGCCUGAUCGGUUGGGCCGGAACGAGCUCUGGAUCACUGGGCUUGGGCCUGUUGGUCCAAGUCCGGGGCUUGGGCCGAUUAGGCUCUGGGCCUAGUCCCAUAACCCCAUCACGAGUCCCCCACUCCCUUAGUUGAGUAGUAGACUCGGCUAAGAGGGAGUAUUUUAAGUCAGCUGCCGAUUUAAAAAUAUUCACAUAUCAAGGAACCAUAAUUGCGGAUUAUGUGAAUCCCGGAGUUUCUGGAAAUUCCCAAAUUAAAUCAGACUCCCAAAAAAGGCUCCAAAUAAAUUCCUUCAGCAUCCUAGCACUCCAGUCGUCAGUUUUCUUCCGGACUUCAAAAUCCAGGUCAGCUCCCGAAAAUUCCUUUCCCUUUCUUUUCUUUCCUUUCUUUUCUUUCCUUCUUUUUUCUUUCCUUUUUUCUUUUUUUCUUUCCUUUUCUUUUCUUUCCUUCUUUUUUCCUUCCUCUUCUUUCUCUUCUCUCUCCUGGUCUGCGUCCAUCUUCCUCGCGUCGCCCCAGCGCCGCAGUCAACCGGCCGACUGGGUUGACCGCCGUUUCCCUCGUGGCAGCUCUUGGGUCGGCCUCUGCUGCGCCAAGCGGCUGUCUCGCGCCACCCGCCUGUCGCCGAUGUCCCCACAGUCCAGUGAAUUUGGCCGGUGGGUCUGGGCUCCUGUUGUGGCUGGCGCAAGCUUCAGGGAUGAGCGGCCUCCCCGGAGGCUGGUGGCCAGGCGGGCCUGCGACCGGGCGCCCUCAGGCCGGGCGCUGCCAGCCGUCGUUGGCUAGGAAGCCGAGCGGCCAAGUGGUCCUCCGGGUUCAAUUUGGGCGGCACCGUCCCAGGAGGCUGGCGGCCAGGCGGGCGGGCGACCAGGCGCUCUCAGGCCGGGCACUGUCAGCCGUCGUUGGCUAGGAAGCCGAGCGGCCAAGUGGUCCUCCGGGUCCAAUUUGGGCGGCACCGUCUCCUUUUUUGCCGGCUGAGCUGUCAAUUUGGUCGGACGCCGUGUGUGGUUCACCGAUUCCACAUGCCGGCCCCUGCCGCGCCCAAUGCCUGCCCUGCGUCACUCGCCGCCUGCGACACCGCCCCUGCAGUCCGGCGGGUCUGGCCGAUAGGUCUGGUCCCCCAUGCUUGGCUGGCGCGGUUUCUAGAAUCUGGCGGCCACCCUAUUGUUCGUGCUAACGUGCGGGUGACCGGGUUCCAGGGGAAUUGGACCUCCGAAGUUUGUCUCCCAAGAUCUUCAUCCCGCAUCCCUUGGUGAAAAUUCUUGGAAAUUGAACUUAUCUCACGUUUUUUUUUGCAGAUCCGGUCUUCUCUUCCCAGUGUGAAAAAUGCAAGGCGAUGGACGCUCUGCUUAUGAAAAUAACGGUAAUGUGGAUUUGGGAUUAUCGGCUGGCAUCUAAGUAGAGCGUGGGGCAUCUGCGAGACCCAUGCGGGUCAGCCACGGCCCUCGGCCCCGUAUGCAUGCAGGUGCUACUACUGGGCGGCAAGCUGAUGCUCUCCCUGAGUUGGCUCCAGCUAGGCGGGUUGCUACUUCUGAGGGAUGACCUCUCAAUGUUCCAGAUAGAGCAUGCAUCCAACCUGUGAACGUACCAGACUCAGAUGAUGAUUCCGAUACUCGGGCAGCCCUAAAUUCCUGGUGGGACCUUGAUAGCAGCGGAAUACCGGGCCUCCCUUCUCGCGUCACGGAGGAGGACCUUAUCAUGGCAUGCGGUUUGAUUGGUAAUAAUUGUUUGUUGGAAACUCUGGCAGUUACUGACAUAUUGAGCAAUCCACCAACCCCAUACUUCGGGGUCCAUAUCCGCUCUCUAGAGUUAGGGAUGGUUGUGCCACUGCAUCCCUUCCUAAUUCGGUUCCUUCACUUCCUGGGUGUGGCACCAGGUCAAUUGGCUCCGGCAGCUCACAUGUUCGUUGCAGCUUUCGUGGCGCGAUGUGAGGGUGUGGGCCUCACACCCACGAUUGAUUUGUUUUUCAGCUGUUUCCAGUGGCGUACUUCUAGCUUUUUCACCUCAGUCUCCCAGAGGUCAGUGAGCAAACUGUUUCGGUCGGGUUACCCCACUUCAGGCAAAGGGUGGAAGAAGAGAUGGAUCUGGGUGUCUGACCCCGAUCUCCCAUCACCUCCGUUUCAGUUGGGUGAGCGGGUUCGGAAGUGUGACCGGGUCGCUCUCUCCCCUGGUCUCAAGUCCUCCAUCGAGAUAUUGUCCACAGGCGGUCCCCACUCCAUCAGCUCAUAUUUAGGUGAUUGUCGUCUCCCUGGUCUAUGUUUGCUACAUUGUAUUUUAUUCUGCUUAUCCUCACAUUUUCCUUCCGCAGCUGUGCCUGAGAAGCUCGUUGUUGAGGCGGAAUCCGAUGAAGAGGAGGAGCCUCAACAAGUCAUCGUUCUUGUGGCAGCAACGUCUGCAAAGGGGAAAGGGCACGGAGCCCCCCCUCCAAGAAGGGUGAGAGUUACCUUCGGGCCUCGGCCAACUACGCCAGUGCAGGAGAAGCACAAGGGCGGACUCGUCGACCUGCUAGUCAAAUUGGAUGAGUCCGAUGAGGAGGAGGGGAGGAGCCCUGCCCCGCCGUUGCUGAUGUGGCCCCUAAGACUGUUGCGGGGAAAGAGCGCGGAGCCUCCUCCCCGGGCCGAGGGGAACAAGUCUCGAAGAAGGCUAAGGUCGCCCCCAAGUUUCAUUCCACUGAGCAGGUACACGAGGGUGCAGAUGAGAGGAUGAUCGAACGGAUCAGCCAUGACACCCCGCAUACAGUUACUUACGCAUUCCCAUCUUCGAGUGCCUCAAUUAUGCAUGAAGGCUUCCCGGUCGUGGAUUAUGCUUCAUCAAUCCUCCCACUAGGCAACCUCACCUGUACGACUUCCCAGGAGUUUCAUCCCCUCUUGGAGGGUUCCAUCCGGUCACAUAUUGAGGGGCUCGCCAAGACCAUCAGGGCACUCCACGCAGCCAAUCAUUCUCAGACCAGGCUUCAGCGCGAGGCUGACGAAGCUAGGGCUGCCCUGUGGGCCAGCCAGAAAGCCUUCUCCGAGCUGCAGUCCUCGCGUGCACAAGAAUGUGAAGAAGCGGCCAAACAAGGAGCCAAGAAAACGCUCUCCGAGUUCUAGGCCUCCGAGCAGUUCCAGAAUAUCAUCUCUGCGAGGGUGCAAGCGGAACAGUCUGAACUAGUGCAGAGGUGGCUGACGACCCCCGACGGAGAGUAUUGGCGCGCUCGCGAAGUCCUCUAUGCUUUUCAGAGUGGAAAGUAUUUGAUGCAGCAGAAGGUGUAUGGCCGGUUGAAGGAUCUCGACCUUGACUUUCAUCCAUCCACACUGGGCCUUCCUGGUCGCAUGAAGAAACCCGUGGAGGCGAUAGCCCUUCUUCCCCCAGAGGCCGUUCGUUAGGAGGAGGAGCUUGGUAGUUCGAACGAAUGGGCCUGGUUCUUUCCGCCAGCUCCGGGGAACAUUACUCCUGUGGCCCCCGGCCAGGACUUGGUUGGUGUGUUAGAUGAUGUUCCCGAGGUUGAUGGCGAUGGGUCUGUCCAGCCAUGACCUUGUAUUUUGUAUUUCCCUUGUUUCCCACUUGAAUACUUUGUGUUUCGAAUGGAUGUUUGAUUUUUAUUUCAUACGCCUACUUUUCUA